CGAGGGUUGAUUCGACGAAUGAGGAAAAGUGUUUUAGCAAGGCCAUGUCGUAUCAAUGAAGGRAACGAAAAAKAGUUGAUCAUARGGGAGUCUGAUUUCCUACUGCCCCAGGAGCGAACGUUGAUGGUGGAAUUAAUGAAGAGGAAGCAUCGCGCUUACGCGUUUAGUGACGAAGAGCGUGGCAGACUCGAUGUAGACAAGAUACCUAUGAUCCGCAUACACACCGUGCCACACGAGCCUUGGAACAUGAGAGGGGCGCGAUAUCCCAAUCCUGACGAGGAAAGGAAGGUGGUGGAUUAUCUCGACGGCAAGAUACUUACUCACGUCGCCGACUAUUCAAGUGGACCGUAUGCAUCCCCGUGGUUCUGCUUUAUUAAGCCUAACGGGAUGCUGCGGUGGGUGCAGGAUUUGCAAAGAUUGAAUGCAGUGACCGUGCGAGAUGCUGGAGGGCUGCCAAAUGCAGACACGCUGUCGGAAUCCUGUGCUGGAAGGCCUAUAAUUUCGCUUAUAGACCUUUACUCAGGAUACGAUCAGUUCCAAGUCUACCCGCCGGAUAGGCCGGUGACGGCUAUGCAUACGCCGCGAGGAUUAAUCCACAUGAACGUGACCUCUCAAGGGUGGACCAAUGCGGUAGCAAUGGUCCAACGGGCCAUGAUUCGGGCUAUGCAGUCAGUCAGCCCCCAUAUCACACAGCCAUACAUUGAUGAUUUGGCAGUGAAGGGGCCAGCGGUGAAAGAGAGCGACGAAGUCUCACCGGGGGUAAGGCGCUUUGUCUGUAAACACAUUCAGGACCUCGAGAAGGUCCUGAGCCUGCUCGAAGAGCAUAACCUCACGGCGAGCGGGGCCAAAUCCAGACACUGCAUGAGGGAAGCGACUAUCUUGGGAUUCGUCUGCAGUGAGAAAGGCCGAAGGCCGGAUGUGAAGAAGACGGACAAGAUUAUUGAGUGGCCAGUUCCGUUCCACUCAAUAACUGAUGUCAGGAGCUUCCUUGGAGGGCACCGAGGGAUACAAGCUACGUAUGCCAAGGUAUGUGAGCUCUACUACUGGGAUGGAAUGAUGGAUAUGGUCGGAAAGUUCUGCCGAUCGUGCGUACCUUGCCAGGAGAGGUCCCGUUUAAGACAAGAAGAGCCGCUGCAUCCAAGGCUAGAGCGAGAAGUGGGGGCCAUAGUGCAUUUCGAUCUGCUUCUUAUGUCGUUUGGGGAUCAGGGCUAUAACUACAUCUUCGAUGCGCGCGAUAACCUGUCUGGGUUCGUAGACGGGCGUGCUAUUCGCACGAAGACCGGGUUAGUCUUAGUGAAUUGUAUCGAGGAGUAUUACUUGCGCUAUCCUUUCGUCAGGGAAUUCGUAAUGGACAGGGGAUCGGAGUUUACUUGCCAGGAAGUGCAAGAACUUUUAUCAAGGUCUGACUUUACGAAGACAACCAUGCCAAGAGGAGGAAAGGGGACACGGCCGCCUCAGAGGCCGUUGGGCGCAUCAGGAGGAUAUGAGCGGCAUGGGCCUCGCCAUCGGGAGAGUACUCCGGUCUACAAUGAUGGGGACAUUGAGCUAUUCUUGGACAGUUUCUGGGAGCAUGCGAGGCGUAUGGGUUGGACCGUCGCUCAGGCGAUUGAGGGACUGAGAGGAGCAGGUAGGCCACUGGCUAUGCAGAUCAGGGACAUGGCACGAGAUUGGGAGAGCUGCAGGGCACAUCUGAGAGAGGCCUUUCGACGGCCAGAGCUCCCUCAGCCCAGAGUCGAGAGGCGGCAGAGGAGUCAGAGACCGAGGGACCCUGAGCCCAGGGAGGCGAGACCAUCCCGAGGAGGACGGAAGGCCCUAGCCAGGAGAGAGGAGGAGCCGGAGCAGGAGCUAGAGGUUGAAGAGCAAGGGACAUAUCUUGAGUAUGGGUUGGGACCAGUGGAGUUCCAUCGUUUUACUGAGGGUGGAUUGAGGAGGUCGCCAGCACACCCACGGGAGGAGCCGCCAGUGUCUGAAGGGCCGUUGAGAGAGUUAAAAACGCAUCUGGAUAUCUCUCAGUGGAAAGCGUCGCCUCAGGAUGAGAAGCAUGAAGGGCAAGUAGGGGAGGUGCCACGAGAGGAGGUACCACAGGGGGAGAUACCGCGAGAGGAGGUGUCACAAGAGAAGGUGCUACGGGAAGAGGCCCAGGGUACUCAGCGAGAGAGAGGGUUGGGCGUAGAGGGGAGACGUGCAGGAAAGGAAGUAAUAGAGGUUGGAGAGGACACGCCCCCACAAACGCCAGCAGUGGGUUUGAAACUCGGAGAUGCACCAGGGAGCACCCGGCAGGCAGAGGAGAGGUUGCAGGGAGAGGAGGCCCCACUUCUUUCAUCAGAAAGGGUCCCAUCACCAGAGGGGAGAGCCGGCAGGAGAAGAGAAAGGGCAGCUGUAAGGAGGGAAACUUUGACUUUGAUUGAUAACCACCUAGCAGCUUAUGCCCAGGAGCAUCCAGACCUGGAGGAGCCAGCACCUGCUGAGCCGCGCCAGGAGUCAUGCCAGCCCGAGAAGGAGAUGGAAGCAGAGAUACCAAAGAGGGUCCACCUUCGCACGAAGGAAAGGGCGUCAGUUGGAGAGACGGCUGAAGAAAAGAGGCCACCCAGCGCGCCAGCUAGGGCCGUGGAGAUUCCUGAGAUGUGGAGGGACUUCAAGGAGCAGAGAGGAGAGGAACUUCCAUCGCCAGUUAGAGCCGGGUUUGGAGUGGCCAGGAAGGCGGAAGAGAGGUUAGAUCGUAAAAUCAAGUUCCUGGCCAAGACCACUUUUGACCGGCACUUGUUAUUAGAGGGCGAUCUGGCGGGGAAGAAAAUGAAGGAAGCCAGCCAUGGAGUACGCUUGGAGGCUAUGGAAAUGGAAAUUCAGGAACUCAGGGCCUUGGUGGCCAGCCAGGCAGCUAUCAUCGAGAGUUUGAGGCAGCAAACCCAGGGAAGGGUGGACAGGCCAGAGAGCAGCAGGCAGGGAGAGCAGAGGCAGCCGGGACAAGGAUUGCCAGGACAGCCAUCUGCAGCAGAGCCUCGCCAGGAGCCACCUAUGGGGAGAGCUAUCCUGGAACCAGAGGAGGCGAGAGCCCGGAGACAGGCGGAGAGAGAGGCAUUCGAGUUUAGAGCCCCUWCUGAGCUCGCAACGCUGCCAGURRUGGCGGCAGGCCCAGUCGUACCUUUGGUAGUAGAGGAGGGGCCGCCACCAUCUAGCAGUGAGCCGGCCCAGGGCUCAGCAGAGGGAUCCAUGGGCGUGCUCCUUGAGGUGGUGCAUACUAUGCAGGAAGAGGUGAGUUUGUUUUCGCCUGAGCAGAGGAUAGAGGAGUCUCUAGAGAGAGAGAUGGGGAUUGAGGUAGAGGGUGCUAUCGAGAGCAGGCUCCAGAAAAUGGGCACACCUGAGUAUGGACCAGAGGAGAUUGAGGAGCAKCCCAYGACAGURCCAGGAGAGACACUCKAGAGGAGGCCUCAGAGGUUGGACAUGCCUGAGUACGUCCCAGCGACAGGGGAUUUGAGGAGUAGAUUGGGAUCUUGGGCUACUGGAUCUGAAUCUGGGGGACCGGUUCCUGGGACGGAGCAGCAGGAGGUCGUUAGUACCACRGCUCCUCGACAGGAGCSGCAGGAGGUUGUUAGUACCUUGGUAGGAUCUCCUUCAUCGCCACCUCCUCAGCCCAGGAAGAAGAAAUUCAAGAGAAAAGUAGAUCAGCUAUGUUUUUACUGCAAGAGGGACGUGCAUCUGGCUUUGGACURUCUCGAGUUUCUUGAGGAUAAGGCAGCAGGGAAGGUCUCAGAGGUAGAAGGUAAAAUGUAURAUAAACAGGGUAGCAUAGUAGARAAAUCCGCAGAUGGACUUAGGGCUCAGUUAUAUAGGCAAAACCAGGAGGAAUUGAGGAGGUAGGGUCGGUUUUGUCUAUAUAAGUGAGCGAGCAUUUUUGUGA